AUGCCCGCACGCAAUGUUUCGACGGAUCGCCCUCAGGAACAAUGCUGCCUCGAUUGGGCUGUUAUCAUUGCAUCUGUACGAGUGAGCAGAGGGAGUCGUGAGGUUGGACACAGGGAGGAUGGACGAAGAGUAUCAGUUCUUUUGCUAGGGGCCAAAGAGUGGAAGCGUGGCAGAGACAGCGUGCAGGUCUCGGAGAGGAUCGAAAUCGCUACAAGUGGAGAGAGUAAGGCAGAAUGGGCCGCCUUCAUUGGGCCAUUCCAACGACAGCAAGGACGUCUUUGA